AAUAUAUAUAAUGCAUUACACAUUGGAGAUGAGGAGGAAAAACUAAAGAGACUUAAAAAUGGCGUGUAAUGUAUACAUUAAAUUUGUGUUGGUUGUGUGUGUGUCAUGGUCAGUGUCUUUUGCCGUUGCCCAACCAUUCAAAGCUGUGAAUUUAGGAAAUUGGCUUGUUACAGAGGGCUGGAUGCAACCUUCUCGCUUUGACGGAAUACAUAACAAGGAUCUUUUGGAUGGGACUCAAGUUCAAUUCAAAUCAACAAAGUUGCAGAAAUAUAUCUGCCCUGAGAAUGGGGGAGGAACCAUUGUGGUUGCCAACAGAACCUCUGCUUCUGGUUGGGAAACUUUCAGGUUGUGGAGGAUCAAUGAGAACACUUUCAACUUCCGGGUAUUCAACAAACAGUUUGUGGGAUUAUCACAACAAGGCAGCGGAACUGGGUUAGUAGCCGAAUCAAACGAUCCCAGCAACUCCGAAACAUUCCAGAUCGAAAAAGAAAAUGACAAUUCUAAUCGAGUUCGAAUUAAAGCCAACAACGGUUGUUAUCUCCAGGCAAUAUCAGAAGAUAAAGUGACUGCAGAUUUCCAAGGUAGUGGAUGGGAAGACAGUAAUCCUUCAGUUUUCAGUAUGACAGUUCUAAGUGACAAAACAUUGCGUGGUGAGUACCAGAUCACAAAUGGUUAUGGCCCAGACAGAGCACCUCAAGUGAUGCAGGACCACUGGAACACUUACAUCACCGACGACGAUUUCAGAUUCCUCUCAUCGAACGGAAUCAACGCCGUUCGGAUUCCAGUUGGUUGGUGGAUUGCCAAAGAUCCAUCACCACCAAAGCCUUAUGUUGGGGGCUCCUUGAAAGCAUUAGACAAUGCUUUUACAUGGGCAGAAAAAUAUGGGAUCAAAGUAAUUGUAGAUCUUCAUGCAGUUCAAGGUUCGCAAAAUGGGAAUGCUCAUAGUUCCUCAAGAGAUGGAUAUCUGGAAUGGGGAGAUUCCUACAUUCAGGACACUGUGGAUGUCAUAGACUUCCUGGCAAAAAGAUAUGGUAAUAAUCCAAGUCUUGCAGCAAUUGAGCUAAUGAAUGAGCCUGUAGCACCAGGAGUGAGUUUGGAAACCCUGAAAAAGUAUUACCAAGCUGGUUAUGAUGCAGUGAGAAAAUACACAUCAAGUGCUUAUGUCAUUUUAUCAAACAGAUUGAGUGCAGAUUCAAAGGAGCUUCUCUCAUUUGCAGGAGGCCUCCAAACUCGAGUAGUCAUUGAUGUUCAUUACUAUAACCUCUAUGAAGGUAAGUUCAACAACAUGAAUGCUCAACAGAACAUCGAUUACAUUAACAAUGAUCGUUCUUCUCAACUCGGCGCGCUCACAACAUCCAACGGCCCCCUUGUUUUUGUUGGUGAAUGGACUGGAGAAUGGAAAAUAAAUGGUGCAUCAAAGGAAGAUUACCAAAGAUUUACAAAGGCUCAAUUAGAAACUUAUGGACGUGCCACUUUUGGAUGGGCAUACUGGGCUUACAAGUGUCAGUUUGACCAUUGGAGUCUCAAGUGGAUGAUUGAGAAGCAAUACAUAACGCUUUGAAUCAAUAUUUCUUUCCUACUAUAUACAUAAAUAUAUACUAAUCUCUUUUGUUUCUGUCUACGCCAUUAAUGAUCGAUGUUGGUCCUCUAUUAGAGCAUAGAGCUUUUUCUUCUAUAUAGAAUGGUAACCAAAACAUGUAUUGUUCUGAUAUAUGAUGACUACGUACUUAUUAAAUAAAACAAAAUAGAUUCAUAAAUAUUAUACAAUA